CAGCAUUUAGAGCCCCUCCCCCCCACUGACCUGCUUCCACAGGUUUUGGAGUUUGCUUCCUGCCUGGAACAAGAUGGCUCUAGCCUGGAGAAAUCUUCAGAAAGCCUUCUACCUGGAGACCUCUCUCAGAACCCUCCAGAUGUGUCCGUCCUCGAGCUUAGGUGCUUCCUGGAUAUCCGGAUCCAAGCUCACUCUUCAUACAAAGCCCAGCAUGCCAUCAUGUGACUUCUCACCUGAGCCAUACCAGUCCCUUCCCUACAGCCGUGCUCUGGAGAUUCAUAAGCAGCACGUUUCUCCUGUGGAAACAGCAUAUUUCCAGAAGCCUCUGAUGCUCCACCAGGGACACAUGGAGUGGCUCUUCGAUUCGGAGGGAAACAGAUACCUGGACUUCUUCUCUGGGAUUGUAACUGUUAGUGUCGGUCACUGUCACCCGAAGGUAACUGCAGUGGCACAAAAGCAGAUGGACCGCCUGUGGCAUACAAGCUCUGUCUUCUUCCACCCUCCAAUGCACGAAUACGCAGAGAAACUUUCAGCGCUUCUCCCUGAGCCUCUUAAGGUCAUUUUCUUGGUGAACAGUGGAUCAGAAGCCAAUGACCUGGCAAUGGUGAUGGCCAGAGCACACUCAAAUCACACAGACAUCAUUUCUUUCAGAGGAGCCUAUCACGGAUGCAGUCCCUAUACCCUCGGCUUGACAAACGUAGGGAACUACAAGGUGGAUUUCCCCAGCGGGAUGGGCUGCCGAUCAACAAUGUGCCCAGAUGUUUUCCGAGGCCCUUGGGGAGGAAGCUAUUGCCGAGAUUCCCCAGUGCAAACAGUUAGGAAAUGCAGCUGCGCUCCAGGCUGCUGCCAAGCUAAAGAACAGUAUAUUGAACAAUUCAAAGAAACUCUGAACACUUCUGUGGCCAAGUCAAUUGCUGGAUUUUUUGCAGAGCCAAUUCAAGGGGUGAAUGGUUUUGUCCAGUACCCGAAGGAGUUUCUGAAGGAAGCUUUUGCCUUGGUUCGAGAGAGGGGAGGUGUGUGCAUUGCCGAUGAAGUACAGACAGGAUUUGGAAGGCUGGGCUCUCACUUCUGGGGCUUCCAAAGCCAUGAUGUACUGCCUGAUAUUGUCACCAUGGCUAAAGGGAUUGGGAAUGGCUUCCCCAUGGGUGCAGUUGUGACCACUCCAGAAAUCGCUAAAUCUUUGACUAAAUGCAUGCAUCACUUCAACACAUUUGGAGGAAGCCCCCUGGCCUGUGCUGUUGGAUCCGCUGUGCUGGAGGUGAUUAAAGAAGAAAAUCUACAGAAAAACAGUCAAGAAGUUGGUACCUACAUGAUACUCAAGUUUGCAGAGCUGCGGGAGGAAUUCGACAUCGUUGGGGAUGUCCGAGGCAAAGGCCUUAUGAUAGGGAUAGAGAUGGUUCAAGACAAGAUGAGCCGCCAGCCUCUUCCUAAAACUGAAGUGAAUCAAAUCCACGAGGACUGCAAAGACAUGGGGCUCCUCGUGGGCAGAGGGGGCAUUUUUUCUCAGACAUUCCGCAUCGCACCCCCCAUGUGCAUCACUAAACAGGAAGUGGACUUUGCAUUUGAAGUAUUUCGCACUGCCUUAAUUCAACACAUGGAGAGAAGAUCUAAGUAGAUUCCUACGAAAGAAGAUCCAUGAGCCUCAGGACUUUCUCAACUAUAUGCAGGGAGGAAUGCAAAGAAUGUUGAAACCACACUUAGUAGAUGAAAAACUAUAGCUGUCCAUAGUAAUUGUAAAAGACCCAUGGGCACUGGCCGUAUUUGUCAAUGAAGCCCCUAUUCUCCUGAGAUUUUCAUCCUUCAGGGACAGUGCUGUGGGACAAUGGUCUUGUACCCUGGAAAGAUUUGUCACUUGUAUUGGUUUAAUAAAGUGCUGAUUGGCCAGUA